AGUAGGGAGUCUCUUGCACAGAGCUAGAAAACUUUCAAAUCUUCAAGAAUCCCAUUAACAGGACUGUUCACACAUACAUGUUCAACUGUAUAUGGAUCUGAUGAUUCAAUGGGGAUUUAAUCUAAAUUUCAGAUUGUUUAUUUUGAUUUAAAAUGAACUCAUGUGUUUAUUGAGUCUCUUGCUCAGUAACUUUUUAAAAUGAAAUCAAUAUUUAUCAAGAAAACUCUAUGCAAAGUUUGCACAUUGUGGAUGGCAAUUCUCACCUUGUGGACAGCAUGGAAUACACAAGGAAAAACUACAAGUAUUGAUCAAAAUAAAGUGACACACACAAAAUCUGAAGGAAAUACUUUGAACUUGGUAGAAAAACAAAAUAUAAUCGAUAGGAUGCAUGUUGAUGAACAAGAAAACCAAAAUAUAUAUAUAAAUGCCGAAAACAUAAGUUAUGAAGUUUUUGAAUUGGAAAAAACAAUGUAUACAGUUGGAUUUGAUCAGCUGAACUCUUGCGAUAAAACCAAACCAGAAACCUUUUUGAACUGUAAACCAGAUCCACCAUUAUUUAAACAAACUGGGAAAUGUCUAGUGGCAAAAGACUGUGUCACUGUAGUAUGUAAGACACGCUUCAGACUUGAUAUGGUGCAAGGUAUGAUUGAAUCACUAUGGAAAUGCUACCCAGGUGUACAAGUCAUAAUCACAGAUGACAACAACGAUAACAUACCUAAAACGUGGCAGGAUUUUCUCGAAAACCACACUGAGCUAGUUGCAUAUUUCCAACUGGGAGACCAAGCAGGUAUUAGCUGGGGCAGGAAAUUCGCAGCGAAUUUAGUCUCAACGAAAUAUUUCUUUCAAAUUGAUGAUGAUUUAGUGUUUGAAAAAAGUUCAAAUUUGAUGAAACUUGUGAACAUUUUAGAAAAUUCUGACGUUGACAUAGUGGCUGGACAAUAUGGGAACAGUAACAUGAUUGGUUGCAUGACAGUUGCCUGGGAGACUAAUAACAGCAAAUCAUUACUUCAUUACUACAAAGCUGUCUAUGGAAUUCUGGUUAACUACCCCCAUUGUUACAUGCUGGACAUAGUCCAAAAUGUGUACCUUGCUCGUACUGCCGAACUUAUGAAAGCAGAUCCAUGGGAUUCAAAAUUUAAAAUGUACGAGCAUACAGACUUUUUCUUAGCAGUCAAACAAAACAGACUUAAAACUGCCAUUUGUUUAGAUGUUGAGUUAACAGAAAUUAGUGCUUCAAUUAAUAGCUUAAGAACAUCUAGGACAAGUCAGAAAGCCCUUUAUAUGCCACUUACACUGAGGAAAUGGGGGUUAGAAGCCUGGUAUAGACACUGUAACCCACUACAAUACCCUAUUGAAAACACAACCAAUAUUAAAUAUCAAUCAAAAGUGAUGGUCAAUGGAACAAGAGAUUUUAAGGGACAUACUCAGAGAUUUUACUAACCAAUACCUAAUUUCAUCAUUUUGAAGGAAAACAUUUGUGUUGGUGGAAAUUACUGUAACACGUUUAUGUUUUGAUGUGGUGAGGAUGUUGGAGAGAGAAAUAAAUUAUUUGACAAAGAAUUUUGCUUCCAUGCUUCGCCAAGACAUUUUUCUUUGUUUCGCAAGAAAGUAAAUGUCAUAUGCUACCCUACUGUAAAAAUCAGACUUAUUGUCUCCCACCCCAAAAAUGUAAUUGAACAUAAUAUAC